GUAUUCCGUUUAUGAUAUACGUAUAUAUAUACUAUAUAUUCGAGUAGCUUACAGCAAAUCAUUAAUAAUACGCACACUUAUUAUAUAUUUAGUUUAAAACAUACCCUACAUAUAUAUAUAUAAUCAAUCGAGUUCGAUCGAAUAGCAUUAGUAGCUGAAAGUGGUAGUACGUUUUCGUCAUGAAGGGUGUUUGGAGUUGCAAUAGCACUAUUCUCAUAAUUCUCCUUUUCCUCCUUCCAUUUGUGAUGCCUGCUCGGCGCAUCGACCAGAGAUACGAGACAUCAUCACAAACACAGGUUGCCGGCGAGAGGGAGGAGGCCGGCGGGAGGUGGUCGGAAAAUGGUGGGGAGGCGGCGGAAGGAAUGGAAAGUAAGAAGAUGAGGGCGGUGGAAGAAAGAGGAGAUGAAUAUUAUCAUAAGAGGGCUGCGCUGCCAAUCGCGGCGGCGGGUUCGCGGUUGCCGGACUGCUCGCACGCAUGUGGAUCGUGUCACCCAUGUAAGCUGGUGCUGGUGAGUUAUGUGUGCUCCAGCACUCAAGAAGCCGAGACUUGCCCUAUGGCCUACAGAUGCAUGUGUGACAACAAGUCUUAUCCCGUUCCUUAAUCUUAUAUAAAUGUAUGUUCAUUAUUAUUAAUUAAUUGAUUAGGAGUUAAUCAGUUGAAACAUUUUGCAGCCGCUAGCUAGCUCAUCUUAUUUAAUUCCGUAGUUGUUUUUUUAGGUUCCUUGAUGUUGGAUCAACCUAAUUAGCUUACUGUACUCUACUACGACAUAUUCUAAAUAUGUAUCAUGUGGUGAUAGUAUUUUGAAGAUUGUUAUGUGUUAAGUCUCACACCAGAAAUCUUUAAAGAAUCAAAGUGUUAGAUUAUUAGAUUAA